AUGUCGUGGCCAAAGAUCUUGGACUCGGCUGAUGCUUGGAGCUCGUGGCAUGUUUUUGGUGAAAUCCAUGACCAUCUUGCCCAUGCUCAAGAGCUGAUGAAGUGCCAAUAUGACAAGGGCCACUGUGAUGUGGAGUUUGCAGUUUGUGAUUGGGUGUGGCUCCUUUUGCAUCAGCGCAUAGCCACAGUCAUUACAGACAAAUCAGCUGCUAAGUUGGCAUCUAACUUUUAUGGCCCCUUUCGUGUGGAGGAGCAUGUCAGGUCUAAGGCAUAUCACCUCGCUCUGCCACCAAAGGCUCUUAUUCAUAAUGUGUAUCAUGUGGUCUCUCUCAAGAAAUAUAUUGGUGAUUCUCCUCAGGAACAGGUGCAGCUUCCUCCCAUCAAGCGUGGCCAAGUACUGCCAGUCCCUGCCAAGGUUCUUUGUGCUCGCCUCAACCGUGGCACAUGGGAAGUUUCAGUUAAGUGGUUUGGUCGAAGUCAAGCUGAGACUACUUGGGAGGACUUGGAAGAAUUCAAGGGGCAAAUACCCAAACUUUUAGCUCGGGGACAAACUGUUUCCAGAGGAUUGUGUUGUGGGCGCUUUCCUUGGAAUACAAUACCAGAGGCAUUAGAAGAAGGCAGGCAAGUAGAAAACAGGUUAGAGAUAGAGUCGGAUUUGAAAUUGUUGAUUAAGUUAGCUAAAGUAUAG